AUAUAGUGAAUGCAGGGUCCAGGGAGACCAGAUAUAGUGAAUGCAGGGUCCGGGGAGAGCAGAUAUAGUGAAUGCAGGGUCCGGGGAGACAGGAUAUAGUGAAUGCAGGGUCCGGGGAGAGCAGAUAUAGUGAAUGCAGGGGUCCAGGGAGAGCGGAUAUAGUGAAUGCAGGGUCUGGGGAGACCAGAUAUAGUGAAUGCAGGGGUCCGGGGAGACCAGAUAUAGUGAAUGCAGGGUCCAGGGAGAGCGGAUAUAGUGAAUGCAGGGUCUGGGGAGACCAGAUAUAGUGAAUGCAGGGUCCGGGGAGAGCA